GAACAAAACUACAAUUGUCUUCGGCCACACCAGACAAUGACCUACGACUCUCCACUAGUUGGGUUUGAAAACGCAGAACCAUUGCCGUCGACGAUUAACCCAGACGGCAAGUCGCUCUUCAAUCCACCUGGCCCCAAGUCUGGCUCCUAUGACGAGUUCCCAAAGCCUAUCGACUCGUCCAACAAUGGCUUCGACUUUCACAUUUAUUACAUGCAGGCCAUCCCUACUGAAACAAAGUAUGCGAGGGAGCUUCACGAGCGCGUGAGGAGAGAAUUCCCAGAGCUCCGCAUCUACAGAUUCUGGGACAAGCCUGUGGGCCCGCACCCGACUGCCAUGUUUGAAGUCAACACGUUCAACCCACACCAGACAGGUGCCUUCUUCUCUUGGCUCGUUGUCAACCGUGGCCCAUGCUCUGUCCUCAUCCAUCCUAACACAGGCGAUAGCCUCAGGGACCACACGGAACUCGCCACUUGGAUAGGUAAACAGUGGCCUCUGCACACUGACAUGCUCAAGAGACACUAAGCUUGAUGGAAUGGCGCACGACGUACUAUGUUGGAUAAACAAUCUAUUUUGGUACUCGAUUAUCUUUUUACUGUGAAAUAGGGCUUCCAUGUAUCUAGCGGUAGUAUCUUGCCAUUCACACCAGCCUGAUCAUAGAAUGCCCAGUGUAAUUAUAGCUUGUACAAUAUUAUGUUGCAUCUUCAAAGC